AUGCAGGUUACCUACCAAAUGAUGAACGCUUUUGCGGCUUUCAUGCUCUUUACCUCAGUUACUGCUGCGCCGGCCUCUGAGACCGCCGCCGGUGCUGUGGCAUGGGCCGACCCCAAAGACUGUCAUCGAUUCUAUGAAUGCCCUGUGGGUGGGAAGCCUGUCUUGAAGACUUGCGGCCCGGGAACCGCCUUUCAGUCGGCAACAAGUGUCUGUGAUUAUGAGCACCUAGUGGCUAGCUGCUGGCAUCAUUAG